AUGGCACGCGGCCAGUGGACCCAGCAGACGGUGCGUUUGUUUAUUGUUCGUAUUACGCCCGUUGCGCCGGCUGGCGGUAUUUGUCCGGUCGAGCACUUCUCACCGACGUCCUCCGAGGACGUCCUUGGCACGAAAACGAGUGUAACUUUGCUACAGCUUUCGUUUUCAUAG